UUUUAGGCUCCGCCCGCUGAAAACCAACAAAUUAGCGAACUAGGAUAAUCUAGAAGCUUCACAGCUGUGCUUGCUUGCUAUCGUGCGCCAUUUCCGACAAUCUAAAGUCGUAGCCACUAUACUUUCCGACUUUCCUUUUGCGGCGAUCGUCGUUAUCCAUGGGUGGAGCGGGCGGGAACGGAGCAGUAGGUGGAGGAGCGUUGGCGAUGCAGCAGCCGUCGGAAGCGGCGGAGGCGCUAUAUUCGGGAGCGAGGAUAUCGGUGUGGUGGGACAUAGAGAACUGCCAGGUGCCCAGGGGCUCCGAUCCGCACGCGAUCGCGCAGAAUAUUAGCUCGGCGUUGGUCAAAUUGAACUACUGCGGCCCCGUCUCCAUCUCCGCCUACGGGGAUACUACCAAGAUCUCGCCGUCGGUUCAGCAGGCCCUCAAUAGCACCGGCAUCGCCCUCAACCAUGUCCCCGCUGGUGUUAAAGAUGCAAGCGAUAAGAAGAUUCUGGUGGAUAUGUUAUUCUGGGCAGUUGACAAUCCUGCACCUGCUAAUUAUCUAUUGAUAUCUGGUGACCGGGAUUUUUCUAAUGCUCUCCACCAGCUGCGCAUGCGUAGAUAUAAUAUUCUUUUAGCACAACCUCAAAAAGCAUCUGCUGCACUUGUUGCUGCAGCCAAGACUGUAUGGCUCUGGACAAGCCUUUCAGCUGGGGGCCCUGCUCUUACUAAUACUGAAUCAAAGCAGUUUGUAAAUAGCAGUUAUGGAAACUUUUCCAAUUGUGACACCCCAUUGGUGCCAGUCAGUGAGUCCAGCCAGCUCAACCAGUCUGUUGAUACACUCAAUGAAAGUGUCUAUUCAGGGAGUCAGAAGUUCUCCAACUUCGGAAGGGGUACGGACACUAAAUAUAAGGGCAAACAAAUGCGACGAAAUAUGACUCAACCUAAUAUGUCAAGAAAUUCAAGUGUGAUGAUGGGCCCCCAAGAAGAUUAUAAUAAUUUGAACUUUCAACAAGGAUAUGGGUAUCCUAAGCAGUUUAAUGAUUCUCCAGAGUUAUCUGCUGCUAACAAUUCCAGAAUUCCCUUUACUGGUCCUGGACCUGCUCCAAAUAUCAGUUACCCUGAACCUUCUCGGAUGAAUGGUAGUAACCCUACAAAUCCUCAUCAAAAUUACUAUACUACUCCAACUAGGCCUAACAAUGUGCCAAUGCUACCUGCAUAUCCACCGGGUAAUUUAUUACCACCUAACCCACAUCUGCGACCGCCACAUAUGAUGACCAUGCCUGAUGCAUCCAAUAUGACCCCAAGUCCGUUAACAAAUUUACCCGACAUUGGUAAGCUAAAAGUUGGUGAAUACUCCAAUAAUGGAAACAAUCCUCCUUUUCCUCAACCAUGGAAUGGAGAGGUUAGACAAUCUCCCAGUAUGAAUUCAUCUCGACAUCAAAACUUGAAUGGGUCACAGAAAGGCCAUAAGGUGCAGAAGAAAUCAGCACUUUUCAAUGAAAAGGAAGCCAACAGGUAUGCAUAUCCUAGUCCAGACAUUCAGCCACCACCGACAUCUGCAAUUGGUAGUUGCAAUGUAUCCAGUAAUGGUGUAUGGGGGACCCCAGGGUUCUCAAAUCCUUCUGACUAUGUUCUAAGCCUUGUGGGGGUUGUUAUAUUUGCCCUGGAUACACUAAAAAAAGAGAAAAUUAUGCCAACUGAAGCAAACAUUGCAGAUUGUAUUCGCUAUGGAGAUCCAAAACAUUGUGAUAUUGAUGUUAAGAAAGCUCUUGAGAGUGCAGUUGAACAUCAGAUGGUAGUAAUGCAAAACUUAGGUCUUUUGCAAUUAUAUGUUUGCAAGAAUGAGAAGUUGUGGAAGUGUGUAAAUCCUAUAAGUGGAAAUCCAAACAAGUAUUCAAAAGCAAUCUGGGAUGAAAUUCAUAACUUUCUAUCAUCUUCUACUGGACAAGCUGCUUUGUUGGCUACUCAAUGCAGGUACGAAGCAGCUACUAUUAUAAAGAAAAUGUGCUUAAAAGAGCUUGCUUUGGGCGAAAUACUUCAGAUCUUGCACAUGAUUAUCAGUAUGAAAAAAUGGAUCAUGCAUCAUCACUCGGGAUGGCAACCAAUUAAGAUUGCUCUUGCAGAUACCAACUCUGGCCCAGAGUUGGUAGCUGCAACUUAAGUUUUUCGAUAACUGAUUAUUGAUGGGAAGGACUUUUAAGUAGUGGUAACGUCUCUGUAUGCUGGUAGCUGAGGUUACGUUAAAAUUUGGUCCUUUUCCCCUUAUCUAGUGCAAGGAGAAUCAACGGCUUCAAUUGUUAAUUAGAAGAUAGUAGGUUAGGUGUAUAUUAAUUCGUCUGCUUCUGCUCUUUUCUUAUCCUUGGAGAAAGUAUAAAGACUCCUUUGUCAGUGGUAGUUGGACAAUAGAAUCCACUGAAGCGGGGGGUUUGUUUGUUGCUUAAUAUUUUGAAGAUCAGAAUGUUCCCAUUUUGAUGGUGUGGGUCUUGGAUUUCUCUUUCAUAUCUUGGAACAUUGAAAAUCACCAAUUGUUAGUAGUUGCUGCUGGGUUCGAUCCAAUUGAUCUAUAGCUACUUGAUUCCCACAUGAAAAUACACCAGAGAGUUACAGUUGAAUUCUGGGAGAAUGAACUCUUGGCCAAACAUAUUGUGGAAGUGUCCUAGUUGGUUUCAAGUACAUACAUUUCACAGAAAGUCAUUGCUGAGCAGAUUAUGGAAUUUGGCCAGUUAAUUAUGCUUGUGGUAUGCUGGGACCGAUCUAAUUGAUCUUUAGCUAUUUGCUUCUGACUUCUGGAAAAUACAUAAAAGAGUUACAGUUGAUGAAUUCUGGGAGAGAAUGGACUCUUGGCAAACAUAUUGCGGAAGUGUAUAGUUGGUUUCAAGUACAUACAUCUCAAAACAAGUCAUCGCCGGGCAUAUUAUGGAAUUUGACCAAAUAAUUAUGCUUGUGUAGCAUGCAUUGGUUUUGAAAGUGUCAGAGCGAGAACAAAAGAAGUUUGAAAUUGUCUUUUGCUGUUUGCUGUUGUCUGCUGUGGGUCAUUAAAUUGAGCCAAGAGGAGGCCAAACACUGCUUGUCGAUUACGGACAUCGGAUGCUGUUAUAUGCAAGUUGCAACCAAAAAGAAGCAAUCAAAAUUAUGUUAUUAUGUUAGCUUCUGAGAUUGGUAAGGAAACUCGAAGAUGGACUGACCAACAUCCAUCUGUCUGACCUUUUGAGACUUGCAAAUGAAAGAAAUUAGAGACUGAAUCAAUGACUGUACCAAUUACAUUAAGGAAUGGCAAUUAGUCAAUGGAUCGAGCAAAUUAACUUUCAAGUAAGCACUGACGUUUAGCAUGAGGCUCAAAGCCAGAACUCCUAUAAUUGCUCGCUUUCAACAAAUCCUAAGCAUUCUUGCUGAGUAACAAUUGAUGUGUGUCCCUAUCAUAAUCUCAGCUCAGAAAAGGUAUGGAAUCUGAUGUACUUGUGGAUGGAAUAAACUUUAUUCGUCAGGGUACUCAAAUUCAGAAUAUUCUGUUGUCUUGUGGUAACCAAAUUCUCCUGUAUUCCCCUUAUAAAUGAUUUACCCUCCCAAGGAAAACUUGUUUGGAGUAUAGAUCAUAUCUUCAGUUGGGAUGUGGGUAAUUGGGUGCUCCUUGUGCAAUUAAAGAAGACAGAUCAAGAACUUGACUCGAGGCUCUCAUCCCCUGCCUCCAUCAUGAACGAAACAAUGAUGAGGAUGAGGAUAAGGAAGGGCCUUUUGGCAGAAAUCAGUGCAAUGACUUGAUGCCCUCUUAGGGGAAAAUUUCCCAUACUUUUAAUGCCCGCCCUUAUGAACUUAGGGUGCAAGACUUGCUUCUACUUCACCAAUCAGCUAAAGAAGGCCAGAGUGCGAGCCCUAUUUCAACUACUUCUCAUACAUUGGUCCCUUUAACUAUCAUGUACUUGAGUAGUGGAGCAAGAGCUUAAAGAUGCUGGGUAAGUGUUCUUUGUGAAGAUAGAUGACAGACAGGUGAAGAGUCAGAUCUUCAGCUUUGAGAGUUGUGUGGAGAUUGAAAGAAUUAUUAGCUAAAAGAUGAAAGAUCAACAUGAUGAAUUAUUGAAAGAGAAAUUCUAAGGCACUGGGUUUUAUGUAUUUCUUAUCUUUAUUUACUUAAUGUAAUAACAGGUACUGUGGAUAUUCGUGAUCAUUCCCAAGUUGUGUUGAAUCUGUACAAAAAUAAUGCAGCUACUUAAUUGCGGCUUAAUUUCUACUUUAACUGUGACUUUAUAGUUA